AUGCCUCCGCGGCCCAUUCGCGUGGGGCCAACGCGCGCCGUUGGCCGCGAAACGACGCACGCGACGCAGCGGCACGCGCGCAGUGGGCCGCAACCUCCGCACUGGCGGGCGAACCGCCGCCUUCGCGACUUCCGUGCAUCAGGGGCACCUGCUCGAAAACGCCUCCACACUCUGGCACGGAACUGUCAAAGUUAUGCGGACGUACGUACUUCAGUAACCAUAGAGAAAGGCCAGUCUGACGUGAAAGAGAAAUUGUGA